GGAACUGUAACCGAGACGUUGCUGGCCAACGCUGACAUUCAAACAGUGACCGCAGUGGCUGAAGAGGGAGUGGCCACGGAAACUGAGAGGCUGGAAGUUACAGAAAUAGGAACUGUAACUGAAAGUUUGCUGGCCAACGCUAACAUUCAAACAGUAGUGAGAGUAGCCGAGGAGGCAGUGGCCACAGAAACCGAGAAGCUGGCGGUUACAGAAAUGGGAACCGUAAUGGAGACCUUGCUGGCCAACGCUAACGUUCAAACAGUAAUGGGAGUGGCCGAGGAGGCAGUGGCCACAGAAACUGAGAGGCUGGAGAUUACAGAAAUGGGAACCGAAACCGAAACUCUGGUGACUGAUUCAGGCGUACAGACACAGACAUUGGUCACUAAAAAGACGUUAGCCGUGGGAAGCAAGGAAACAGCGGUUGGAGACGAUGAAGCAAUAACCGAAUUAGCGCUAGUUGCAAGAGAUGUUCAGACGGUGGUUUCUUUAAGUGAGGGGAGAGAAGCUGCAGAAAGUGCAAAAAAAUUGGGAGAGGAAAGAGUGGGAAUUGAAUUCUUUAUGGCUGAUGCUGAUAUUCAAGCAGUUGUAGAAAUGACCGAGCAAUCACUAAUCACGGAAGACUUGUUGCUGAAGAAGAUAGUGUCAGAAAAGGAGACGAGCACCGAAAUUUCAGUGACAGAUAGUGCGGUGGAAGCGGUGAUGCCGGUGGAUGAAACGGGUUCAGGUGCGGAGUUGAUUAGUGCAGCGGGGACAACAGCACAAAAGCAAAUGUCGGACCUUUCGAUUUCAGUGGAGACAGAGGGGUUUGAAGAGAAAAUGUAUACUGAAGUUAUUGGUCGUGAAACCGGUAGUGACAAAACCACCAACACAGAUGUCUAUUACGUUGAAGCUUCAAUAGAAACGAAUGGAGCGGAAAUCGUAGAAUAUUCUUCUCUGGCAGUGGUUCAAGACGUUUGGACUGCAACAGAUUUUGAGGAUACAACUUACGAGUUUAACCAUUAUCACAAAGAGAGCGAAAAAUGUAAAAAGUGUUUUGUUUCAGUCUCGUCACAGAAAGAAAUCGAUCAGACCGACAUUGCUGUAGGUCCCGAAGCUGCUUCUUUUUACGAGAAAGGUGAGGAAACCGCUAUGUCUGCCGUGACAAGUUAUACGCAAACCAGCCCAGUAAACUUUGAAAAUGCUACGGGUGAAGCACAAGUGAUUAGAAGUAUCAAAGACAGCUGGCAGUCUACGUCUUUAGAUGGGAUAAUAAAUGAGUCAGAAAACGAACGUGAUAAAAAGCUGGAAACUGUAAAAGAGGCUCCGAUUGAACUGCUGUCCAGAAGUAGAGAGAAAAAAUUAAAUGUUUGUGAGAGAGGAACAGAUGCAUUUAAUACUGUUGGUGUUGCUACUGGUGUUGAAGCUUUAGUGCAAUCUUCAACAGCCACUGUACAAACGUCUAGUUUGCGCAAAAUAGUGUUAGAUGACAUCCGUCACAUUGAAAGUGAAGUACAGUGCAAUGUAGAAAUGACUACUGUUGGCGUCAACUGUGAUGUAUACGCUUCAGAUGAAGCCACACAACUUUCUGUUGCGGACACUAGGACUGCCGUACAGACUAAUGAUGAGCUGUUUUCAGUCACGAAAGAAAACACAUUUGCUCAAACUGACGUUAAAUUACCUACAUCGGUUGCUUCUCAAUUAUUUUGGCAUGAUGAAAUUUCAGAUGAAAAAGGGAUGCAAACGGAAAUUUAUAAACCACUGUUGGCCAACAUUGAGUGCCAAACAGUAAACUUUUACUUAAGUUCUCAAGUAGAGGCUACUGCAGAAAUGCAAGCAAAUUCCUGUAGUACAGAAUAUGACUAUUUGAUCUCAAGCCAAUCAACAGAAACAAAUGAGAACGCAGUGCACAGUGGGCCACAAACAGAGGUUCGGGCUCUCACGUCUACAAUGCAAACUGUAACGGAAUAUUGCGACUUUGAGACACAAGCUCAAGCUGAGUUAAAAACCAAAAAGCAGCAAACUUAUCUGAGCGCGUUUAAUGCAAAGAAUCGUUCAAGUAUUGAUGAUGAGUUAGGCCUUGCUAAGGACAAGAAAAAGGGAAAGCUGCUAACAAGGCUUUCAAAAACAGCAGCAGAGCUAUCUGUAGUAUCACCAAAACAGUCAGCUUCACUAACUGUUGAACAAAGUAAGAGGCCUGACACUUCUAUGGCAGGAUCACAAACGCCAUCAAAUUCGCUCAGCCUUGGAAGCAGUGGAGAAGUUUUGGAGGAAGAAGAGGAGGAAGAAGAACCAGUGUCUAGCGCUGAAAAGCAGCAGACUUCUUGGGGUGGUGGUGAAAGUCCUGAAGAAAUUUCCAUCAAAAGGCCUAAACGUCUUGGCGAAAUUGAAAAGUUAGCUGAAGUCGACACGGCAGAUAUUGAGAGUUCCAAAAUAAUCAAACUAAGUUCGAAGUUUUACACUAACGUAGAGACGGAUACCAGUUCUGGAUCUCCUGAAAGUGUUUAUGUAAAUGUUCAUUUCUUAAAAACUCAAGAAAGUGAAUUCAGCAACUUUGAAUCGGAUGAUCACAUCGAUUCCACUGGCGGCUCGUCAGCAGAUGCAUCUUCUGUCGAUGACGAAGUGGAAUGUUUCUCAUGGGAUGCUGCUGCGCAGACGUCUUAUUCACUGUUUGACGCCAAAAGUGCAGAAACGCAGUUUUAUAUGGAUGAAAUGGAUUAUGUUCACGAUGCCGAGUGCCAGUCUGGUCCCAGCUCCUUCGAGCCGAGGAGAGCUGAGGACGUUGAAAAAGAUAUCUCAUUUAUGAAAAACUAUUCGACGCAAACGUUAAGUAGCUCCUUCUAUCGUAAGCGUCCUUCAGAAACAAUCAGCAUGACACCAGAAAUGGAAGAACUGUUAAGAGAAUCCCAAGUUUCUGAACGUUUAGAAAAUGCUGGCUGCAGCAAUGAGUUCAAGAAGUCAAUAGAUGAAACUGAUUUUAUAGCAGAUUGUGCAUCUCAAACCGUCCGUGAGAUCGCAGAACACUCCACUCAAGCAGUAGCAAAAACAGCAGACUCAUCAAUGAAUACAGAGUCGUUGUAUUCAAAAAAAGGAGUGCAGUCUGAGGCACUCACUGCUGAGAAGCAAGUGGCAACUGUCCCUUUUGAGGUUCAAAAUAUUCGACCAACUUUUGCACAAAGUUUUCCUGAAAAAGUUCUUGAUUAUGAGACUUAUUCGCAUACUGUUUCUACACCGCUGGAAUUGGCUAUCAAAAAACAAACUGUUUCAAAAGAUCUAUUUCGUGUGGUUGAUACCACUACGCAGAUAAAUAUCAAGACCACUAAAUCUGCGAGUCAAACGCAACCAAAUGCGCAAGAUGCGGUAAUUCAGAAUGAUAAUUUUUGUGAAGAAAAAGAAGUACAGACUAAGCUUAUUCCAGUUGUCAAUAAAGGAAUUCAGUUUGAUGAUACAGAAUACCAGGCAGCUCGACGUCUUUACAUGAAAGAUUUUGGAAUUCAAACAGGUGUUUUGGCCAGAGUGGAACACAUCAUGAGCUCAGCUAUAUUUGAAGAAACACUUCCGCAAAAAUUUAGUGGAGAGUUAGGUCGUUUUCCAUUCCCGGUACAUCAGAAACACGUAUCUAUUGAAAAUAUUGAUCUGAAACAAUACGGACAGUACGCUUUCGAGACUUCGUCAACUCCUUGGGCUCAGGCUGAACAUAGAGGGGAAUCGUCUCGUAACCAAAACGUUCAUCAUACUGUUGCCGAUUUGCGUUCACUGUUUGGUGAAAGUGCUGUUAAUAAGCAAGAGAAGACAUCUGGUGAGAAAAAAACGUAA